AUGGGAAUAUUGGUUGACCGUUCUCUCAUAUUCCCAAUGCGUAAAGCAGAAGUCGGUGGCGAAAUAGCAUUCCCUCCAGUUCUGCCUCUGAUUAGUGGACCCAUCCCAGGACUUCCUUUUGGAACCACCUAUGCUGAGGAGAUGGAAAAGGAGUAUAUUGCAAAGAUUGGAAAUCCAGUGAUGAGAGCAAAGAUAAGAGAUUCAUCAGUCAUCAAUAGUUCAGAAAGGACGAAACCGAGGGCUGGAAGCGAAAUGGGAAUAUUGGUUGACCGUUCUCUCAUAUUCCCAAUGCGUACAGCAGAAGUCGAUGGCGAAAUAGCAUUCCCUCCAGUUCUGCCUCUGAUUAGUGGACCCAUCCCAGGACUUCCUUUUGGAACCACCUAUGCUGAGGAGAUGGAAAAGUUUGAGCAAAGUUAA